AUGGAGUCUAACGAAACCGAGUUUCGAGUUAUCAUGGUUCCAUGGUUGGCUCAUGGUCAUAUUUCUCCUUUCCUUGAGCUUGCUAAGGUACUGAUCCUGAGAAAGUUCAGUGUAUUCUUCUGUUCAACUCCAGUUAAUCUGGAUUCUAUCAAGCCAAAACUUCCAAAAACUCCCUCUGAUCUUCCAAUAAACUUUGUGGAGCUGCAUCUUCCAUCUUUGUCAGAGCUUCCCCCUCAUCUGCAUACAACAAAUGGGCUGCCUGCGCAUCUCAUGUCCACGCUCAUUCGAGCUUUGGAAAUGGCAAGCUCAUCUUUCUCCGGGAUCAUAGAUUCUGUUCAACCUCAUAUCAUCAUUUAUGACAUUUAUCAAUCAUGGGUGCCUCAGGUUGCUUUAGUCUACAAUAUUCCAGCAGUUCAUUUCCAAACAACUGGGGCUACAGCAUCGGCUUUCUACCUUAGGAUGUUCAAGCACCGCGGCGUUCAAUUUCCAUCUCCAAGGAUUUUUCUCAGGGAAUAUGAGAUAAAGAAGAUGAGCCGAGCUGAAUCCACAUUGAACGAUGGCAAGGAUAAAGAUCGCGUCUUUGAUUGCAUUGAUCAGUCCUCUGAUGUCAUCCUGAUUAAAAGUUGCAGAGAACUGGAGGGGAACUACAUCGAUUUUCUAUCUUUGUUGACAAAGAAAAAUAUAUUUCCUGUUGGUUCACUAGUUCAUGACUCUGUGGAAGAUGAUGACAGUGAGAGUUUGAAGAUUAAACAAUGGCUAAACAAGAAGCCCCAUGCUUCAACUGUGUUUGUUUCUUUUGGCAGUGAAUGUUUUCUAUCCAAGGAGGAAUUAGAACAGAUUGCUAAUGGUUUGGAUUGUAGCAAUGUGAACUUUAUUUGGGCAAUUCGGUUUCCUGCUGGGAGUAAAGAGAGUUUAGAAGAAUCAUUACCUGCUGGAUAUCUUGACAGAGUGAAAGGGAAAGGAUUAGUCUUUGAGGGAUGGGCACCACAAGUGAAAAUCCUAACUCACUCUAGUAUUGGUGGUUUUGUGAGUCAUUGUGGAUGGAGUUCAAUGAUGGAGAGCUUAUAUUUCGGCGUACCUAUUAUCGCCAUGCCAAUGCAACUCGAUCAACCUCUGAAUGCAAGGCUUGUAGUCGAGAUUGGGGCGGGGAAGGAAGUCAUUCGCGACGAGAAAGGGUUGCUGAAUGCAGAGGAGAUAGCCAGAGUGGUGAAAGAAGUUGUGAUGGGAAAUGAAGGACUAGAGAACAGAAGAAAAGCGAGAGAAUUCGGCGAAAGGAUUCGCGCAAAUGCAGAUAAAGAAAUCAAUGCAGCUGUAGAGCAGCUAGUAAAACUAUGUGAGAAGGCACAAAUCAAAAGCUAA